AUGUCGGCGCACCACGACGCUCAUGAUUACAUUCUUGCCAAUCCUGAGUCACGGCGCCCGCACCUCAUUUCGGACAUGGCAGACGGGCUUCUUUGGAAGAAAAGCGCGGGGAGAAUGGUGCGUUUGAAUCUAGACCUCCUCUCCGACCGGGGUGCAGUGUGUGUGUGUGCAUGGAGCUGCAGCAAAACGCAGACCCUGCCCGCAGCUCUGCAGCGUAG